AACUCUCCCAUCUCAUGGCCCGACCCACACCUCUUUCUCCAGACCUUCAGCCGCCGGACGGUCCUCUCCUUCACCGGCCUCACUUUUUCAUCAUCCUCUCGCACUUCCCACUUCCUCUAAAGAAUCAAUAAUGACCUCAAACGUUUUCAAGGGUCGAAACUACCACAACUCAUAGGUUCCAAAAGUAUUUUGUGUCUCUAUCUAUGCCGAAAAGGCACCUUGCCUUCCCAACCCACCAAAAGAUGUUCAAAGACCACAACUUCAAAUCAAACCCAAACUCUAUUUUCUUUCGAUUCUCUGUAUGCAAACGCGCAAAGGGUCUCUAUUAACUCCCAAAGAACAAAGUUUUUUCUUUCCUUUUUUGUGUGUAUAUAUGUUUCCUCUUAAUCUAACUCAGGCUUCUCAAUCUCAUUGAACCCAUGGCUCUUGUGUAUAAGCUGCCGUCUGUAUCUUCUUCUACUUCUGUAUCUGGGCAAAAUUUGAAGCAUUUCUUAAUCCCAAGAACCAUUUGCUCUUUAAAUUAUAAGAGCUCACCUUUCACUGAAAAACAUUCAAUCGAGAGAUGCCAAAGAGACCACUGGCUUUACAAGCUAGACUACCAAUCUGAUUCUUCAUGCCCUCUCCCAUCCGACAAAGAGUGUAUCAGGGAGAACGACAUUGCUUUGCAGCUACCAGAGCUUAGGAAGUUACUUCAUGUGCUUAAAGAGAAGAGAACGACUUGUGGUAAAAAUGGAGAGAAAUGUGGGCCAGGGAAUGUGUACUUGGUGGGAACAGGACCAGGGGAUCCAGAAUUGUUGACACUGAAGGCAGUGAAAAUGAUACAAAAGGCUGAUCUUUUGUUGUAUGAUAGGUUGGUGUCAAAUGAUGUUCUGGAUUUGGUUGGUCCUCAUGCUAGAUUGCUUUAUGUAGGCAAGACUGCUGGCUACCAUAGCAGAACCCAGGAGGAGAUACAUGAGUUGCUUUUGAGUUUUGCUGAAGCAGGAGCUACUGUUGUGAGACUUAAAGGAGGGGAUCCCUUGGUAUUUGGAAGGGGCGGAGAGGAGAUGGAUUUUCUACAACAGCAAGGAAUUCAAGUGAAAGUUAUUCCAGGUAUCACUGCUGCUUCAGGGAUUGCAGCAGAGUUAGGAAUUCCAUUAACUCACCGAGGUGUUGCAACUAGUGUUAGAUUUUUAACAGGACAUUCAAGGAAAGGAGGAUCAGAUCCACUCUUUGUAGCUGAAAAUGCAGCUGACCCUGAUUCAACCUUGGUAGUUUAUAUGGGCUUGGCAACCCUACCUUCCCUUGCAUUAAAGCUGAUGCAUCAUGGUCUCCCAGCAGAAACACCGGCUGCUGCAGUGGAGCGAGGGACCACACCUCAGCAACGUGUGAUUUUUGCAGAACUAAACGAUCUUGCUGAUGAAAUUGCAUCAGCUAAGUUGGUUUCACCUACAUUGAUAGUAAUUGGGAAGGUGGUUUCACUUUCACCAUUCUGGCCACAUUCUUCAAAACAGGCAUCAUGUCUGAUGGAGGCUGUAUAGGAAAAACUCAUGCCUUAUCGAUGAUGGUAUUUUUUUUUUUUGUUCUAUUCGUUUGCUGCAGUUCGGAGAUUAACUGUUACUUCUAAGUGAAGUUGCAUCUUAAUGUUGAAAUGUAGCAUUUGAUAUGCAAGAUUCUUGUCUUGAUUUUACCAGUUGAGCUUCAUUCUGGCAGCCUUUGUGAAGUUUUAAAGGAUCUCAUUCUAGAUGAUGAGGAGAUCUUUAAUGCUUUUGCUGUUAAAGCAUCUGGAAAAUGGCUGCCUUUUCUGGUUCAAUUUUCUUGAUUGAUAUGAAAGGGACAAUAGGCAUUGGUCAUCAAAUUCCGUAGCUGGAGCAUGAACUUCAAAUUCAAAGAAUCAGUGAUGAUGUAAUUCUUUUUAGAUAAGGACGUAAGAUUAAAUCCCUUAAUCAUAUUGUUUCAGAUUAUUCUUGAUUAGUUAUUAAAGGGAUUUCACAAUGGUCUA